AUGGAGGGAGGGGCCGGCGGGGGGGGCGUGCAGGUGCCGGGCGCAGCAGCAGCAGCAGCAGCAGCAGCAGCAGCAGCAGCGCAGCAGCGGCUGCUGCAGUUCAGCCCGCUGGCGGCGAGCCGCGUGGCGCUGGGCCUGGAGCGCUCGCUGUGCGUGGGGCUGCGGGGGCAGCAGCCGCAGCUGUUCGUGUGGGGCAGCAACGGAGACAACGCGCUGGGGCUGGGGAUCGGGAUCGGGGAGCGGGUUUUUCCCGGGAUCGUCUCCUUUUUCGCGAAGCAGCCCGUCUUUGCUGUUGCUGCUGGCCUCAGCCACUCCCUAGUCCUCGUCAAGAGGCCCUCCGACUCCGGCGGAAAGCUCUACAGCGUCGGCCUCGGCACCCACGGCCGCCUGGGCUACCCCAAGAGGGGCCCCGCCGCCGCUGCUGCUGCACCGCAGCAGCAGCAGCAGCAGCAGCAGCAGCAGCAGCAGCAGCAGGAGGAGGAGGAGAGCUGGUUCGCCGCGCAGUUCCACCGCGUGCGCUUCCCCGACCGAUCCCGGAUCGCCCUGGUGAGCUGUGGGGCCGCGCACAGCCUCGCUGUCUCCGACGCGGGGGCCCUCUUCAGUUGGGGACAGAACUGCCAGGGGGCCCUCGGGCUCGGAGACACUGCGCCGCGGCAGACGCCCCACCGGGUGUACGUACACCCCGCCGCCUUCGUCACCCACGCGGCCGCCGGCGCCAAACACAGUCUCUGCUGUCUCCACGACGGCUCUUGCUGGGCCUGGGGCGCCGGAGCAAGCGGGCGUCUGGGCCUGGGCCACACGCGGGGCGCGCUGCUGCCCGCGCUGCUGCAGCAGCUGCAGCAGCAGCAAAUUGUUUUUGUUGCUGCUGGCGAAAGCCACAGUGCUGCAGUGGACCGGCGCGGGUGUACGUACACCUGGGGAGGGGGGGCCUUCUUCCGACUCGGACACGGAGACGAAAAUGACUGCCCCACUCCCCGACUUCUCGAAACCCUAGGAGGCAUUCCCAUCAUCCAAGGUUUGGGGUUUGGGGGAGGGCAUAGGGGGAAAGGGAAGGCUCGGUUGGGACUGCCCCACUCCCGGACUUCUCGAAAUCGUAGGAGGCAUUCCCAUCAUCCAAAACUUUUGCAAAUUGUCCUCGCGGAGUUCCUUGAGGACCGCCGCCUCAUAAAGGCAGCAGACGCAGUUUAUAGAAACGCCUUAACGGCGGCUUUGCUGGGGGGCCCCCCUGAGGGGCCGCUGGGGGCCCCCCUGGGGGCCCCCUUGGGGGCCCCUCUGGAGGCUCUAGGCUCUCGCCAGUCCCCCCUGCUCCUAAUCAAGUACCUUGACUUCAUCAGGAGGUCCUACUCCGAAGCCACCUGCUGCUUCUCCCCCAACAAAGCUGCAGCAGAUCUGGACCCCGCGGAAGUCGCAGCAGCAAAAUUCAAAAUCAGAAAAAGGCAGUUCAUGGGAGGAGGUGAGCUCAUACGCAGCAACAGCAGCAGCAGCAGCAGCAGCAGCAGAGGUUGCUGCAGCUCAUUUUAUUCUUUUUUCACAGAUUCUCUUCAAGACAUUUACGAAAUGUACGCGGCCAGCGGCAUGGCCCCCCGGACUUCGAUGUUGGAGUUAGUGGGGGGCCCCGAGGAGCUGGAGGGCCCCCGUCAGUUCUUAGCUAAGGGGGGCCCCUCUGGGGGCCCCCCGGGGGCCCCCCUGGGGGCCCCCCUGGGGGGCCCCCUGGGCAAAGAAGAAGAAGAUGAACUCGAAGAAGAAGAGGGGCCCCCCGGAGGCAAAACUGCAAGAACUGCUGUACCCUGGGGCCUCAUUGCGAGGCCUGACACUGACAGCAUGGUUGCUUUUCAUCCCGAGUUGUCUUUGUUUUAUCAGCAGCAAGAAGGUGCAGCAGCAGCAGCAGCAGCAGCAGCAGGAGACGCAGCAGCAGCAAGACAAGUCCCCAUGUUCGCCCCCCCCAAACUGCUCUGCGAUUUGCUCGCGCUGCUGCCCAAGGCAAACGGCAAGCUCACCGCGGACCCCGACAUGGUCGAUUAUUUACUUUCUUUUCUCCAGUCUUGCCGGCUGCCGCCGCUGCCUCCUGUGGAGCACCGGCCCAUAGUGAUAAAGGACCUUUUGGCGCUGAGACAUUCCCAGCUGAACUCGCUCCAAGUGAACAAACAAAAGGAGGCUGGGGGAGAGGAGUCCGAGGGUGGGGGCAGCAGCUCGGACUUGGAGCGAGACGAGAUGUCGGACAGUUUGUCCGCAGAGGAGCCGCAGCGGGGCUCUUCAGCAGCAGCAGCAGCAGCAGCAGCAGCAAGCCAGCUGGCGGACUUCUCGCGGCAGGCGCUGGGGGCCUCGGGGCUGCAGCUGCCCCCCGCAGUCUACGGGGGCCCCCACUUGGUGCUGCCAGCAGCAGAGAACCUGCUGCACUCGCGGCGGCUGCUGGCGCCGGCCGUGCUUCCGGGUGUACGUACACUGUGGGCCGGUAUGAACCUGCUGCCGGGGCCCUACGCCCACGUGGGGGCCCCACAGCUGCACCCCGCAGUGCCGCUUCCUUACGGAGUUUCUGUUGCUGCUGCCAGGCCCAUGCAGGGCAUGCCUUUGGGGGGCCAGCCGCUGCACCUCUGGCGGGUCCCAGACGCUGCGGGCCGCGCCUUCGCCCCCAAGAAGAAGACCAGGUGA